CAGCCCGCGGCCCGCUCCGUGUCAGUCAGUCAUGGAGCGGCCGCCCAUAGCCGCCGCCGCGGGGGCGGCAGGGCGCGGGGCGCGGGGGCCCGGCUGAGCCGGCCGUCGGAGCGAGACCCUGCGGCAGAGACGACGGAGGCGGAAGCAACCCGAUCCCGGAGGCGGCGGCGGCGGGAGGAGCCGGAGCCGCCUGGGAUGUUCAGUGACCGUAUGACUAUCGAGAAAAUGGACAAAACGGAGAGCGCCCCAGGUUCGUAAUGAAGGAACUUUGUCUUGUCUCAACUAGGUCACUUGCUUAGCCACGUGGCUAGUCUGGCUCCUUAAUUUACCCAUGUGAUGUCCUCGUUGGGUUGGACGAUCUCGCAAAUGCCUCAGUGUUCUGUGGUUCCCUCUGAAGGUCAUGAAACGAGUGCGCACCGAGCAGAUUCAGAUGGCAGUGUCCUGCUACCUCAAACGCCGGCAGUAUGUGGACUCCGAUGGUCCCCUAAAGCAAGGACUGCGGCUGUCACAGACUGCUGAGGAGAUGGCAGCCAACCUCACAGUCCAAUCCGAAUCCGGUUGUGCCAACAUCGUGUCCGCAGCCCCUUGCCAGGCAGAGCCCCAGCAAUAUGAAGUACAGUUUGGACGACUACGGAAUUUUCUCACUGAUUCUGAUUCCCAGCAUAGCCACGAAGUGAUGCCUCUCCUCUAUCCUCUCUUUGUCUACCUCCAUCUCAACCUGGUCCAGAACAGUCCUAAGAGCACAGUGGAAAGUUUUUACAGCCGCUUCCAUGGGAUGUUUCUGCAGAACGCUAGCCAGAAGGAUGUCAUUGAGCAGUUACAGACCACUCAAACCAUCCAGGACAUCCUGUCUAACUUCAAGCUUCGAGCAUUCCUAGAUAACAAGUACGUGGUCCGUCUCCAGGAAGACAGCUACAACUACCUGAUCCGCUACCUCCAAAGUGACAACAACACCGCCCUGUGCAAAGUCCUCACCUUGCAUAUCCAUCUUGACGUGCAGCCUGCCAAGAGAACAGAUUACCAGCUCUACGCCAGCGGCGGCUCCUCCCGGAGCGAGGGCAACGGCUUAGAGCCCGCCGACAUGCCCGCCCCUAUCCUGCAGAACGAGGCUGCCCUGGAGGUCUUGCAGGAGAGCAUUAAGCGCGUCAAGGACGGCCCUCCCUCCCUCACCACCAUCUGUUUCUAUGCCUUCUAUAACACAGAGCAGCUGUUGAACACUGCGGAAAUCUCCCCAGACAGCAAGCUGCUUGCUGCGGGGUUUGACAACUCCUGUAUAAAACUGUGGAGUUUACGAUCCAGGAAGUUAAAGUCAGAACCCCAUCAAGCAGACGUGUCCCGCAUCCACUUGGCUUGUGACAUUCUGGAGGAGGAGGAUGAUGAGGAUGAUAAUGCGGGCACAGAGAUGAAGAUACUUCGGGGACACUGUGGACCAGUAUACAGCACAAGGUUCCUCGCAGACAGCUCAGGGUUGCUCUCUUGUUCUGAAGACAUGUCCAUUAGGUACUGGGACCUCGGGAGUUUCACCAACACUGUGUUAUACCAAGGACAUGCCUACCCUGUGUGGGACCUGGACAUUAGCCCAUAUAGCCUGUACUUUGCCAGCGGGUCCCAUGACCGCACCGCGAGGCUGUGGUCAUUUGAUCGGACGUACCCGCUGAGGAUAUAUGCCGGGCACCUGGCAGAUGUGGACUGUGUCAAAUUCCACCCUAAUUCGAACUACUUAGCCACAGGCUCGACCGACAAGACCGUCCGGCUGUGGAGUGCCCAACAGGGGAACUCAGUGAGGCUCUUCACCGGCCACCGCGGCCCCGUGCUCUCUCUCGCCUUUUCUCCCAACGGUAAGUACUUGGCCUCGGCCGGCGAGGACCAGCGGCUGAAGCUGUGGGACUUGGCCUCUGGGACCCUUUAUAAAGAACUGAGGGGCCAUACGGACAACAUCACCAGCCUCACCUUCAGUCCGGACAGUAGUCUGAUCGCCUCUGCGUCCAUGGACAACUCGGUGCGCGUCUGGGACAUUAGGAACACGUACUGCAGCGCCCCUGCCGACGGCUCCUCUGGCGAACUCGUGGGCGUGUACACCGGGCAGAUGAGCAAUGUACUGAGCGUGCAGUUCAUGGCCUGCAACCUUCUUCUAGUGACUGGAAUCACACAAGAAAAUCAGGAACAUUAAUUUCUUUCUUCCUUUUUUUUUUUUUUUUUUUUUUUAAUCUUUGUUGUAACGGACUGGGGCAGUAGUGGAAAGGCUCCAGGUUGCAAGUCUUAGGACGAAUUGAGAUU